CAGGAAAAGACUGCCGCCCGGCCCAGGGCGAGGCGGGAUACUUUGCGCCUGCAGCUUCGACUAACGGCUCUUUACUUGCCUGCUGUAUCCUAGACAGAUUGACUCGCCGCCGUCGCCGCCAUGCCCAAGUGUCCUCGUUGUCAGAAGGAGGUCUACUUCGCGGAAAAAGUUACCUCCCUGGGGAAGGACUGGCACCGCCCAUGCCUGAAGUGUGAAAAAUGCAACAAAACAUUGACUUCAGGUGGCCAUGCUGAGCAUGAAGGGAAGCCCUAUUGCAACCAUCCUUGCUACGCUGCGUUGUUUGGACCCAAAGGGUUUGGCCGUGGGGGUGCAGAAAGUCACACAUUCAAAUGAUGCUCAGGGAUGGAAGAAUGGGGUUUUCUGAAGACUCUGGUAGCUUCACAAGCAAUAUAGCCAUGUUGCAUUUCCCCGCUUGUAGCAAGCUAGUUAAAGGCUUUUCAAAGAGGUAUCAUACUAAUUGACUGGGGGAUUUCCUUUUCUGUACUGGCUGAGAUAUACUGUGGGGAUGGGUAAGAGUUUGUACUUAUUUGAGAUUCUGAAAUUUUGCUAAUAAUAACAGAAGUUGUUUCCUGGAAACGAGUAGUUCCAGCCAAAAAUCCUGAGCCUGCUUGUAGACCCUGCUCUCCAGUUAUUCUGUCCUUGUAAUAAAAGCUUGAAUGAAAGAA